CAGAGCUGAAUUUCGUCACCCGGUCCCCAGAGCCAGCAAGACAUGGGCCCCACUUUCCAAACCCUGACGCCUUUCGUUUAACCAGAAGACGUGGAGGGGAGCCGCCACCCCUGACCAUGUAGAUGCCAGCGCCAGGGAGCAGGAUGGGCCCCGCUGAAUGGAGACCCCUGGGUCUACAGCCCUGAGCCCCUGCGGCCCGUGGACCUCGCCCCACGCCCAGGGACGCCCCUUGGAGCCCACUGCCGCUGUUGCCAGCCCACCGCGGCCGCCCCCCGGAGUCGGCCUCCAGGAACCACAGCCGUCCAGUGAGGCCGUGCUGAGGACAGCCACGCGGAGCCAUUGCCCGGCAGCCUCCUGUCCAGCGCUGACCCUCGGGCCCCCCCGGAGCGGGGACUGCAGCAGACAUGGGUGACAUGACCAACAGCGACUUCUACUCCAAAAACCAAAGAAACGAGUCGAGCCAUGGGGGUGAGUUCGGGUGCACGAUGGAGGAGCUGCGCUCCCUCAUGGAGCUGCGGGGCACCGAGGCCGUGGUCAAGAUCAAGGAGACCUACGGGGACACCGAUGCCAUCUGCCGGCGCCUCAAAACCUCACCUGUUGAAGGUUUGCCAGGUACCGCUCCAGACCUGGAAAAGAGAAAGCAGAUUUUUGGGCAAAAUUUUAUACCUCCAAAGAAGCCAAAAACCUUCCUGCAGCUGGUAUGGGAGGCCCUGCAGGACGUGACGCUGAUUAUCCUGGAGAUCGCGGCCAUCAUCUCCCUAGGGCUCUCCUUCUACCACCCGCCUGGCGAGAGCAAGGAAGGAUGUGCGAGUGCCCAGGGCGGGGCUGAGGAUGAAGGGGAGGCGCAGGCGGGCUGGAUCGAGGGGGCUGCCAUCCUCCUCUCAGUCAUCUGUGUGGUCCUGGUCACGGCCUUCAAUGACUGGAGCAAAGAGAAACAGUUCCGGGGCCUGCAAAGCCGUAUUGAGCAGGAGCAGAAAUUCACCGUGGUCCGGGCUGGCCAGGUGGUCCAGAUCCCUGUGGCUGAGAUCGUAGUUGGGGACAUCGCCCAGGUCAAGUAUGGCGACCUCCUCCCUGCAGACGGCCUCUUCAUCCAGGGCAACGACCUCAAGAUCGAUGAAAGCUCCCUGACGGGGGAGUCUGACCAGGUGCGCAAGUCCGUGGACAAGGACCCCAUGCUGCUGUCAGGGACCCAUGUGAUGGAGGGCUCUGGACGGAUGGUGGUGACUGCCGUGGGUGUGAACUCUCAGACUGGCAUUAUCUUUACCCUGCUGGGGGCCGGCGGUGAGGAGGAAGAGAAGAAAGACAAGAAAGCCAAGCAGCAGGACGGGGCGGCAGCCAUGGAGAUGCAGCCCCUCAAGAGUGCCGAGGGCGGCGACGCUGACGACAAGAAGAAGGCCAACAUGCACAAGAAGGAGAAGUCGGUGCUGCAGGGCAAGCUCACCAAGCUGGCUGUGCAGAUCGGCAAGGCAGGCCUGGUAAUGUCCGCCAUCACAGUGAUCAUCCUGGUGCUCUACUUCACCGUGGACACCUUUGUGGUCCACAAGAAGCCGUGGCUGCCCGAGUGCACACCCGUCUACGUGCAAUACUUCGUCAAGUUCUUCAUCAUCGGUGUGACAGUGCUGGUGGUCGCCGUGCCUGAGGGGCUCCCUCUGGCUGUCACCAUCUCGCUGGCCUACUCAGUGAAGAAAAUGAUGAAGGACAACAACCUGGUCCGCCACCUGGACGCCUGUGAGACCAUGGGCAAUGCCACGGCCAUCUGCUCGGACAAGACGGGCACGCUCACCACCAAUCGCAUGACGGUGGUGCAGGCCUACGUGGGCGACAUCCACUACAAGGAGAUCCCUGAGCCCAGCUCCAUCAACGUCAAGACCAUGGAGCUACUGGUCAAUGCCAUCGCCAUCAAUAGCGCCUACACCACCAAGAUUCUGCCCCCGGAGAAGGAGGGCGCCCUGCCUCGGCAGGUGGGCAACAAGACAGAGUGCGGCCUGCUGGGCUUCGUGCUGGACCUGAAGCAGGACUACGAGCCCGUGCGCAGCCAGAUGCCGGAGGAGAAGCUGUACAAGGUCUACACCUUCAACUCCGUGCGCAAGUCCAUGAGCACGGUCGUCAAGCUGCCGGACGAGAGCUUCCGCAUGUACAGCAAGGGCGCUUCGGAGAUCGUGCUGAAGAAGUGCUGCAAAAUCCUCAACGGGGCGGGUGAACCCCGGGUCUUCCGGCCCCGUGACCGGGACGAGAUGGUGAAGAAGGUGAUCGAGCCCAUGGCCUGCGACGGGCUCCGCACCAUCUGCGUGGCCUACCGCGACUUCCCCAGCAGCCCGGAGCCCGACUGGGACAACGAGAAUGACAUCCUCAAUGACCUCACCUGCAUCUGCGUGGUGGGCAUCGAGGACCCCGUGCGGCCCGAGGUCCCAGAAGCCAUCCGCAAGUGCCAGCGAGCAGGCAUCACGGUCCGCAUGGUCACAGGGGACAACAUCAACACAGCCCGGGCCAUCGCCAUCAAGUGUGGCAUCAUCCACCCUGGGGAGGACUUCCUGUGCCUCGAAGGCAAGGAGUUCAACCGGAGAAUUCGCAACGAGAAAGGGGAGAUUGAGCAGGAGCGCAUCGACAAGAUCUGGCCGAAGCUGCGGGUGCUGGCUCGCUCCUCCCCCACGGACAAGCACACCCUGGUCAAAGGCAUCAUCGACAGCACGCACACGGAGCAGCGGCAGGUGGUGGCCGUGACGGGGGACGGCACCAACGACGGGCCCGCGCUCAAGAAGGCCGACGUGGGCUUUGCCAUGGGCAUCGCAGGCACGGACGUGGCCAAGGAGGCCUCGGACAUCAUCCUGACGGACGACAACUUCAGCAGCAUCGUCAAGGCGGUGAUGUGGGGCCGCAACGUCUAUGACAGCAUCUCCAAGUUCCUGCAGUUCCAGCUGACGGUCAACGUGGUGGCCGUGAUCGUGGCCUUCACAGGUGCCUGCAUCACGCAGGACUCCCCUCUAAAGGCCGUGCAGAUGCUCUGGGUCAACCUCAUCAUGGACACGUUCGCCUCGCUGGCGCUGGCCACCGAGCCGCCCACCGAGACCCUGCUUCUGCGGAAGCCGUACGGCCGCAACAAGCCCCUCAUCUCGAGGACCAUGAUGAAGAGCAUCCUGGGCCACGCCGUCUACCAGCUCACCCUCAUCUUCACCCUGCUUUUUGUUGGCGAGAAGAUGUUCCAGAUCGACAGCGGGAGGAACGCGCCCCUGCACUCGCCGCCCUCCGAGCACUACACCAUCAUCUUCAACACCUUCGUCAUGAUGCAGCUCUUCAACGAGAUCAACGCCCGCAAGAUCCACGGCGAGCGCAACGUCUUCGACGGCAUCUUCCGGAACCCCAUCUUCUGCACCAUUGUGCUGGGCACCUUCGCCAUCCAGAUAGUGAUCGUGCAGUUUGGGGGGAAGCCGUUCAGCUGCUCUCCGCUGCAGCUGGACCAGUGGAUGUGGUGCAUCUUCAUCGGGUUAGGGGAGCUUGUCUGGGGCCAGGUCAUCGCCACCAUCCCGACCAGCAGGCUCAAGUUCCUCAAGGAGGCCGGCAGGCUCACGCAGAAGGAGGAGAUCCCGGAGGAGGAGCUCAACGAGGACGUGGAGGAGAUAGACCACGCCGAGCGAGAGCUGCGGCGGGGCCAGAUCCUGUGGUUCCGAGGUCUGAACCGGAUCCAGACUCAGAUCCGCGUCGUGAAGGCGUUCCGUAGCUCUCUCUAUGAAGGUCUAGAAAAGCCUGAGUCUCGAACCUCCAUCCAUAAUUUCAUGGCUCAUCCUGAAUUCCGGAUCGAAGAUUCACAGCCCCACAUCCCCCUCAUCGACGACACCGACCUGGAAGAAGAUGCCGCGCUCAAGCAGAACUCGAGCCCGCCGUCCUCGCUCAACAAGAACAACAGCGCCAUCGACAGCGGGAUCAACCUGACGACCGACACAAGCAAAUCAGCUACCUCUUCAAGUCCAGGGAGCCCCAUCCACAGCCUGGAGACGUCGCUUUAGCUGAGGACCCUGCCGCCACCCACCUCCCGGGCACCCACCCAUCCAGGCACCCGACUCACCCACGCAGCAACGAGCAACAACAGGAAACCAAAUCCUGGCGAGAAAACCGUUUCCACCCAACAGACCCUUUUUCUGGCUGCGAUGCUGUUUGAACUCUUUUUCACUUUGAGGCGAGGGCGGGAUCUCCUCCGGGGGCUUACGGGAGGGAGCGGUUUUCCCAGAACUAGCCCUUCCUGGCUCCCGCCCGACGUGGACCAGCCAUGCACCCGCCCAGCGCCGCGUCCCCUGCAUGAAUGUACUGCACAUUUCCCGUCCUCCCCUUGUUUGGUUUUUGGGGGGUUGGGGAGGGGGUUUUUUUGGUUUGUUUGUUUUCUUAGGCGGGAACUGCAAACAGACUCUUUUCUGAGACUAUUUAUCCAAUCCACUGGUCUGUGAGUUUUUGAAAUGCUUGUGCAGCAUGGUCUCAGUUGUAUAGGUUAAUUUAACAACUUUUUGAAGUUGCAGAGCUUAACUCGCCUAGUAAAUUUGCACCAAUGGAACCGAAGAACUUCAGACACUCACAAGGUUAUAUCCAUUUCUUUGUAUCUAUAUCAACGUAUACUUCUCCAAGACUGUAUACGUCCAUAUAGAUAGGUAGAUAUAUAUAUAUAUAAAUAUAUAUACAUGGAUAUAUAAAGUUUCUUUGCCGGCAUGUUGCCUUGUUUCCGCUUAAAUUGCUCUAUUUUAACUUAUUUAUGUCCUAAAAGAAGAAUGUAAUUUGUUUACAAACCUGUAGAUAACGUCUUCGACUAUUUGUACGGUUUAAGAACACUGGUGGCUGAGAUGCUAUAAUAACAGCUCAGCCUGGCAGACACCUCCCUGGAUUGCAUCCUUGAUGUUUUACGAUAGCCAUGCUCUGAUUUUUGCCUGCUAUUUCCGUUCAAUGACGUCACUACCGCAGGAGGCUCAGGCAGAAGCCAAAUAUUAACGAGUAUCCAUCCUGAGAGGUCCAACAGCGCGCUCUGUAGACAAAGGGGGAGGAGGAGAGAAGUCUUCCUGGGCUCGAAGCACUGAUGGCCAGCUGGCCCCAGGGUGACGGGCUCCACAAAGCACUGGGUGAAGACUUUUCUCUCAAUGAAACUCACUUGAGUUUACUAAGAGCAUUUCAAACAGAGAUUCUCUCUGGCGCUGUCUGUACAGAGAUUGAGGUAGUGUUGCAAUAUUAUAAAUGCUAUUGCGUUGAUUUCUUUUUUCAGUUAGUAAUUUAGAGGCUUAUUUCCUUAUAAAUUGCAGCAAAUGAGCUGUUGGCGUAUUGGAUGAGGAUCAUUAUGGCUUGCUGCUUUUAUUUUUAUUUUUGAAGAAGAAUAGCCUUUUCCUCUGCACUAUUUAGAUCCGAACGAACCUUAUGACGUGUAUAUUGAGAUGUAUUCAGUGUGAUUUUUUUUAAACCAAAUUGUCUUCCUGUAGUCGCAAUAUAUACUGUAGCCUUUCAACAGCAAGUCUUGCUUUCCCAGACAGAAAGCCAUUCUGAAACCCUACAGUAUCACAGGUGAGAAAAUGUGGUUAUUUUUUUCCCUGAGACAAUAACAGCACUAGUAAUCCCACUUCAUAAGAGCUUAUUUGUUUGUCAGCCUCUUAACUGCUAAGCACUUUGUGGGUAUCAGCUUUUUUCAUAAAAGAACUUUUGUAUUGAAUACAAAGUUUGCUUUGAGACUUUUCAGCAUAUGAUCUUUUUCCAUAAACUUGUACAGUGCAAAAGACAUUUUGAAUACCAUGAUCGAUGAUGUCCCAUGCUUCAAGGAAAACCAAACAACACUUGCCGCCUCGCUUGCGAAAUGCAUUCUUCACACUGACCCUUCCCACAGCUGCUCUGUGUCAGCCCGGGCCCUUCCCUUCUCCAGGCCCAGAGAAUUCUUCCACAAAGAAGAUGAGAGCCACUCGGGAAAAGAGCCAUAGUCAGCUGGGAGGGCCUGCGUCUGGACGGCUGAGGAGAAACCCGAGGGUUUAGGAUCCCAAGUCAGCCCAUCCCACCUGGCAACACCUUCCUGGAAGGAGGACCUUCUUUGCGCAAGAGCAUCUCCUGAAUGUCGUGAAGAAAUAUCUCUGAAUGUACCCAGCAGAGGAAACUGCAUCCCCCGAGGAGUGACCAGCCCUCAGAUAUGUUUAUUGGAUUCCAAGACCAAUACCACCCACUGUUCUCCUCUGAGAAAGGAAAGACCUGCUCCUGUAAAACCUGGGGCAGCUUUGGAACGUGGUGUUUUUUUUGUAGUUUCCUUUUUCAAGGUUCUCCAUCUCCCGCUUCGUUUAAACCUUGUGUCCGUAACCUCAUUCCAUGACACCAGGAAAGCCCCGCUUGCACACAACACUCCCUGCUCAUCUGCAGCCGAGAUGCAAGGGAAGCAGGAGGGGUCUCCCCGAGUGGGGCUCAUCCCAGGGGAUAAGAAGCGAUGGAAGCUACCAAGAAUGUCCCACGUCAGUGGUCUUUUCUUGUCAGGAAUGAUAGAUGCUCACACACACACACACACACACACACACACACACACACACUCAGACCCUUGCCCUCACACUUGCACACACACAUCCACACACACAGGUAAUGAUUGGUUUGUCGGAACUCACUGUAGUACAUAAAGCUUGCACUCGGCCUCCUAUAUCUAGCAGCAUGGGGUACGUUUGGCAGUUCACCCCAUUAGGGGGUAAAUAAUUUAUGACCAUUCAUCUGUUUUUAUGAAUUUUUUUAUCUAGACAAUAAUUGUAAAUAAAGAACUCACCAUCUCUGUUCAUUUAAUACUAUGCAAUGGUGAUGCUUUCAAUUGCUGACUCUUCUUACUCCUGCAGUGUGGUUCUGAAAUGUCUGUGGUCUUUUAAAAAAAAAAAAAAGGCAAAAACCCAACAUCAAACAGAACAUAGUAAAUAUAUACUCUAUAAUGUAUACUUUUUGCUGGUUUGGGACUGCACCAUCCCUUACCUUCUUGUCUGCCCUUUGACAGGGGCUCCAGGAGAAGGCAGCAGAUUUAGUUCUGAGGUGUAAGCUCACCAAUCUGUCUCCCCCCAACAGAUGAAGGAAGAGCAGGGGGCCCAUUCAAUGAGUCACCCACCUUUGGAGGUGGACAGGGAGGAAACUGAAGGGUUUCCUUCCCUAACUCAGCAGCACCCUGGGUUGCUCCCACCAGCCCCCCACCGUGGCACCUUGCCCCCUCAUCCCAACCAGAGCAGAGAGUAGACAAGAAGGAGGGCCCCCUACUUAUGAGACCAGACUAAUGGCAGUAAUUGCACUGGGGCGAGGACCCUGGACCUAUCUCAGCAGCUCUCCCGCAACUAUGUUGAAAUUCCCCCUUUACCACAUCCUGACAGCUUAGAGAGACUUGGGUCUGUUUCUGGAAUUGCUCCUUCAUUCCCUCAUCUGGCACCAGCCACAUAGUUUUAAUUAUUAUCACUUUGUAUAAUGUUUUAUUAUGUGGUGGGAUAAAUACCCUUUGCUCUUUUUUUUUUUUUUAACAAAAUUUUGUGGCUAUUCUCUCACAUCUAUUCUUCCAAGUAAACUUAAAAUUCUGCCAAGUCUUCCACCCCGCCCCCCCCCCCCGCCCUCCUCUCACCCCAAAUAUUGGGCCCUUUCAUUGUAGGUGCAAACAUCGUCCCACCAUUGUAAGCACUGUCCACUACAGCUCACUAAAUAGAGAGACCUCUAAGGUAAAAUUAAAAGGGCAUCCUGAAUCUUGAGGGAAGCCUGAUAUUCUUCUCAUCAUCUCACCUGUCCCCUAAGCCAGGGUGCUGUCAGGAGAGGCCACCAUGCCCCCACCCAAUUUCAGAGUGGGACUCAAAGUCACCCAUAUUGGCUGUGCUGGGGUGGACCCUCCAGCUACCCCAGUCCAGAUGAGAAAAAGGGGUCUCUCCCAGACCCGGAGCUACCAGAAUGUGUAGCCCAGGUGCCAAUUCUCCUCAUGGAGGAAUGUUUAUUCCUAUCUCCCUUUCCUGAACUAUUUUUGGGGGAGAGGGUCACCUCUUGCUCUUUAUUCGGUUUUCAGCGGUUAUGUGAUAGGUCCUUUGGGAUGCAGCAAUCUCUUGCCUGCACCUUCUCACCACCCUGACUCCCCCUAGUGGUUCUUGCUCUACUUACAGGAGGCUGUCAAACACCUAUACUGUGACAUGCCUCCCACCCAAAACUCUCUCCAUAGAGUCUGAGAUCCUGCCACUGGAAGAUGGGGGUGGGGGGCGGGGGAUGGGUUGCAUUUCUCUGAAGGAUUUGGGUCUUCCAGAGCCAAGGCUUAAAUCAAACAACAGCAGAAAAUCCCCAGGUCUUUCCCAGUUCCAAAGCAAGCUCUCCUGAUUUUGAUGUAAAGAUCCUGUUUACCCAAGUAGUGGGGAGGGGGAUCCCAAGCCCUGGGCAUCAGCCAUCACCCCCUCCACCAAAAAUAAGAUACCUAAGGCUGCUUUGGGACCGCCCUUCUUGGCCCCCUAAGUCUGUUUUGUAACGCCUGUGGUGCUCUCCCUCCCGACCUUUCCUCUCGGGGGGGUCAGUCGCCACACUCUGCUAACUCUUGUGUGCACAUAUUUUAUACCAGAGUAGUGAGGAAAUGGUGCCGCCUCCAGCUUCCAUAAGCUACCCGGGCUCUGGGGGCUCUGGGGAAAUCGGGGCUGGGAAGUGACUGUGCUCUUAUUGUACACUCUUGAUUUCUCUGUAUCUCUGGCUUGUGCUCUUUGUAAUUAAUGGGAUUUGUCUGCCUUUUCAACACUAUACUGAGCAAUAACAAUAAAUGCACACGUGGAAAUGCAGACACGGUACACAUCACAAGGCCUUUUUCCGCGGGACAGCUGGGUCCCCACCCUCCAUGGAUUUGAACUCAGAGGGAAACCGAGUGCCUGGGAGGGAAAGGCCCUUUGCCCAAGGGUGCACAGCUCAAGGGAGGUCUCUCUAACUUCCACCUAGUCACACCUUUCGAACAGUCACCAUUUGAGGGAGGCAAGUUCAGCUUGCCAUGAGUCACUAACCCUCCAUGAGGAACAGCUGACAAUCCCAGAGGGCAAGACUUUGGGGGAAGAGGCCUCAGGAGGAUGAAGAGGUGCAGAUUCAGGGUCUGGGAGGUCAGGGCAUAAAUUAGGGAAAUCUAAAAAUGGCCUGAUUUGGGGUCUGGGAUUAACCAGAGGGAGCUGAUGGGAGAUACAGACAAAGGAUGUAGGUGGCAUCCCCUACUGGGGACAGGAGGAUGCAGAAGGGAGCCUGGCAUACUAAGAGUCUGAACUCGGCACACCUCUGGUGGACAUCAGCAAAGAACAGGAACAUGCCCAGACCAAGAGACAGUCCCAAUGUUGGCUCAAAGGUUGAGGGUCACAC